AUGCGCUGCCAGAACCGCGUCCCGCUCGGAGCCCUCUACUUGUGUGUGUGCUGGCCCCACGCUCCCUGCAAAAGCAGCAUAGGCCUGGGGUCCAAGCUGCUCUGUUCCUGCAGGGCGGCUGAAGGGGAGGCGGAAGGUGGACGCUGCUUUUUUGGCAACGUGGAGCAGACACCAUGGCUCGAGCAUGCUGCAGGCCCCAUGAGCCUUGAGGGCCAGAGCGUGCCAGUUGUGUCCUUCUCAGCUGCCCUCUGGUGGCUGGGGGCGGAUCAGCGGCUCAGUGCGCUGCAAGCCCAGCCCCAGGCUACACUGCUUUGGGGCACCAUGCUGCCCCCAAGGUAA